AUGACUAUUCUCACUAAUGCGGUGUUCAAAAGAUACCUGGCGGUGGGGCCUAGCGUCCAGCAAGCUCUUAAGACAAGAGCUAAGAAAAAGUCGUCAUCUUUCGACAAGUUUUUCCCGCAGCAGAAUAGUACCAGAAAGAAACAGUGGGAAACGUUGAAUGAGGACAAAGCCUCGUGGUUUAGGAGGAAGUUUGCUCAUGUGCAUGCCAGGGAAAAGGGCCAUGAAGCAGAUCCAUAUGGGAAGAAAAAGGCCCACGUUGACAAGUUAAGGGAGAUCAAGAACCAGGCCAAAAUAGACCAAAAAAGGCAUAAAUCCAAGUUUCACAGCAAGAAUACUGUUCAGAAGCUCAUGAAUGACAACCCUUUCUUUGAGUAUGUCUAUGGUACGAACAGUGUUUAUGCAGCGUUAUUGAACCCAAAGAGAAGUUCUCAUUCUCGACUAUUGUACCAUGGCACUAUCCCUAGUAAGAUUUUGCAGCAAGCCGAUGAACUGAAGAUUAAGACGGAGUCAGUGGACAAACACAGAUUGAACUUGUUGACCAAUUACGGGGUACACAAUAACAUUGCUCUCGAAACGAAACCCCUGCAACCUAUGGAGAUCGUAUAUUUAGGAGACGUAGACACUAGCUCAGCAGAGCUGACCGUUCACGAGUUCAGUUUUAACAACGAAGACAUUGCACAUGAACUGCCCUAUAGUACGAAAUCAGAUUUUAAGAACUUUCCACUGGGAUUGUAUCUGGACGAAAUCACUGACCCACAUAACAUUGGGGCUAUUAUUCGAAGUGCGUACUUCUUAGGAGCGGACUUUAUUGUCAUGUCGAGGAAGAACUGUUCUCCCUUGACACCUGUAGUAUCCAAGACAAGUAGCGGUGGCCUCGAGCUUCUGCCUAUAUUUUACGUAGAUAAACCUCUGGAAUUUUUCACCAAGUCACAAGAAAUGGGUGGUUGGACAUUUAUUACAAGCCACUUAUCUGAUGCUACUGCAGAAAAGUACACCACUGGGAAAACUCUCAGUGUGCCAGAUUUGAAUGGGAUAUGUAGUGAGCUUCCGGUUGUGCUUGUGGUAGGGAACGAAAGUCAGGGCGUACGAACGAAUCUGAAGAUGAGGAGUGACUUUUUUGUCGAAAUACACUUUGGCGGCUCCAAGAUACGCGACCGGGCCCAAGAGCCAAUUGUUGAUUCGCUAAACGUGAGUGUGGCUACUGCAUUAUUGAUAAAUAAUAUCCUGACCUGUAAAUAA